GCACUUGACUUUUGGACUCUAUCAACGACGAUGAACUUGUAUCACGAUAUCGCAUUCCACGCCAUGCAAUUUUUCACCUAUUGGUCAUGAUAGGAGAUGACUUAGUACGCCCAACACAGCGUUCGUGUCCCCUCACCCCCGAACUGCAGCUGUUGAUUACAUUGAGAUUUCUGGGCAAGGCUUCAUUUCAAUCGGAAAUUGCUGACCUUCACGGCGUCGUGCAGUCUAGCGUGUCGAAUGCAGUAACCGCGACCAUUAAUGCUCUUUGUCGCCACCUUGAUUUCAUAAAAUUCCCAAAUGAUCUAACCUCAAAGAGAAAAAUUAAAGAGGGAUUUUAUGAAAUUGCCGGUUUCCCCGAUGUUUUGGGAUGUAUUGAUGGGACACUAAUUCCUAUUAUGAGGCCACCCACUAAUGAAGAAGUCGCGUAUGUGUGUAGAAAGGGCUACCAUGCAAUCAAUAUACAGGGCAUAUGUGACCCCGAUCUUCGAUUCAUCAACAUUGUUUGCAAAUGACCAGGAUCAACGCAUGAUUCAUUCAUACUGAGCAACAGUAACAUCGGUUAUACCCUGGAACACUCGGCACCAGAAGGAUGGCUUUUAGGAGACUCUGGGUAUAAUAUAAGACCUCUUCUUCAUCAACACUGUUUUCAUUAUUUGUUUAAUCAAACAUGUUUCAAAUCAUUAUCAUGAAUGCAUGCUAGCUCACAAGUACACUUUGUGGGCCCUUCAGUCAGACAGUGAGUUAUAUUCACCUUAAUAUGCUCACCGUAAAGGCAUGCCAACCUUGUAACCACUGAACUGUAAUUGAAACCAUACUGCACAUAGCUGUCGAUGACAUGACUGAAUACAUAUUUCCCCAUGAUAGAUCAUAAACUUCUGCAUCAACAUCA